CGCGGGGGAGCGGCUGCGGGGGAGGUUGCAAGGGAGCUGCAGGGGAGGUUGCAAGGGUGCUGCGGCAGCGGGCCGGACGAGGGCCCGGGAGGCGGCGCCGCCCAUGUGGGCCGCGGCGCUGCUGUGCUGCUGCUGCUGCUGCUGCUGCUGCUGCUGGGCGGCGGGGGCGGGCGAGCGGCCGAGCCCGCGUUGGAGCCGGCUGUGGGGCCCCGGCCUGCGAGCCCGGCCCGUCCUCCCCGCACGCUACUUCUACAUCCAGGCCGUGGACGCCCAGGGCCGCAGGUUCACGACGUCUCCAGGGGAAAAAGCAUUCCAGGUUAAGAUCUCAGCCCCCGACGAACAGUUCACUCGCGUCGGGGUUCAGACGUUAGAUCGAAAAGAUGGAUCUUUCAUCGUGCGCUACCGAAUGUACGCGAGCUACGAGAACCUGAAGAUAGAGGUCAAAGUCCAAGAUGAACACGUGGCCGAGUCCCCGUAUAUCUUAAAAGGGCCCGUUUACCAUGAGAAUUGUGACUGCCCUCAGGAAGAUAGUGCUUCGUGGCUGGAGGUGAUGAACUGUCCGGCGUCCUUUCCACAAAUUCAGAGAGAUCUGGCGCAUUUUCCCACGGUCGACCCAGAUAAAAUUGCAGUGGAGAUCCCACAGAGAUUUGGACAGAGACAGAGCCUGUGUCAUUACACUGUGAAAAAUAACAAGGUGUACAUCAAGACUCAUGGAGAACAUGUGGGUUUUAGGAUUUUCAUGGAUGCCAUAUUGCUUUCUUUGACGAGAAAAGUGAAGAUGCCAGAUGUUGAAUUCUUUGUCAACCUGGGAGACUGGCCCUUGGAGAAAAAGAAAUCCCCAGAUAAUCUCCAUCCUAUCUUUUCAUGGUGUGGAUCUACUGACUCCAAGGACAUUGUGAUGCCGACCUAUGACUUGACCGACUCCGUCUUGGAAACCAUGGGCCGAGUGAGCCUGGACAUGAUGUCCGUCCAGGCUAACACGGGACCCGCCUGGGAGGAUAAAAACACCACCGCUGUGUGGAGGGGCCGAGACAGCCGAAAAGAGAGGCUCGAGCUCGUAAAACUCAGCAGGAAGCACCCGGAAAUCAUAGACGCCGCCUUCACCAACUUUUUCUUUUUCAAGCACGACGAGAGUCUCUACGGUCCCAUCGUCAAACACAUUUCCUUCUUUGAUUUCUUCAAGCAUAAAUAUCAGAUCAACGUGGACGGCACAGUCGCAGCCUAUAGGCUUCCCUACCUCCUGGCAGGCAACAGCGUUGUCCUGAAACAAGACUCCAUCUACUAUGAACAUUUUUACAAUGAGCUGCAGCCUUGGGAACACUACAUUCCAUUUAAAAGCAACCUGAGCGAUCUCUUGGAGAAACUGAAGUGGGCCAAAGAUCACGACGAAGAGGCGAAGAAUAUAGCAAAAGCAGGACAGGAAUUUGCAAGAAAUAACCUCAUGGGGGAUAACAUCUUUUGCUAUUACUUCAAACUUUUUCAGCCUUCUGUCACUUCAAGAAGAGAACUUAACUUCCUGGGCUCAGACCGAAUUACGGAAUAUGCCAGUUUACAAGUGAGCGAACCCCAAAUCCGAGAUGGUAUGGAGAAGGUGGAGCCUCAGGCUGAAGAUGACCUUUUUCCGUGUACUUGCCACAGAGACAAGGCCAGGGACGAACUCUAACCUGAAGAAGAUUUUCUCUUGGAAUGUUGACUGCUCUGAAGAACUUCUCCUAAGCCAAAAACAUAAAAGAUUGUUCUUAUUGCCACACUUCAGUGGACAAUACGAAAUAUAUAUCGUGCAAUAGUUUGAAUAAACAACCCAUAUUCCUCUUCUAUGAUGAAGUAUGUUACCAAGCUCUGUUUUAAGCAGUAUUUUACAGUUUUGUAAUAAAACCAUCUAUAACAUU